AUGUUUUUUGAAGCACAAAAGGCUGCCCCCAUUGUUGGACCGUUGAUUAUCUCUGCAAUUCCGCAGCUCCGCAAAGAUAUUGAACAGCUUCAUUCUGCUGGUAGUGAUAAGUAUGCGCUGUAUGCCGAGAUUACGAGAAAUUCCGCACGGCCCAUGAAAGUGCCCGCAGGCAUGCGGCCAAGUGAGUUUCCGACAUUGUUCACGGGAAAGAACUUGAGGUGGGAAACACUUGGCCUUGUAUUGAUACUCGCUGGCACACAGGCCCAGUUUACGCCGCCCACUGACCCCAUCUUUACACUUGAAGGAGGUAAACAGAUCAACAAGGAUGAAUUUAUUGAGGAUGUUAUGCAUGCUACUAACACUUGCAUCAAUAUUUGCCAAACGCACGGUGCAAUCAACGAGAUCAUGGUGUGUCUCAUCUACUUUAACAUGCUAGUAGUGAGUAAUUUUUACGGAGACAACUAUCAUGGGACAUGGCGACGCAUGGGCGAUUGCGUGUCCGCCCUGUACGCUGCAGGCAUACAUUGCGAAGGCUCCAACUCAGAGGGAGAAAACUGCGAACCCUUCUUCAUGCGGGAAUUCAGAAGAAAAUUGUAUGCGACAGUGUACCGCUCCGACAAAACACUGGCAGUAUUUUACGGCCGACCCCCCGUCAUGGCUUGGAGGUAUAGCGACCGCAAGAUGUUGUUAGAUAUCAGCGACCAGGCUGUCGCCUCAGAAGAUGGAGCAAUACUUCAAGCCGAACUUUCGAAGCUUGACAGUGCGGGAUGGAACACCGAAGGUUCACUCCACCCCGCCACCUUCAUCAGGCUGUGUUGCCAACUUGCCGUCUUCAAAGAAAGGCUGCUAGAGCAAAGCCUUGCUGGAGAGAAGGACAGUGACGUGGUGAGGAACAUAGAAACAAUCUCGGCUGAAUGCACCGAGUGGUGGCAAGCACUACCGGCAUAUCUUCGAUAUGAAACAUACACCGAAGAAGCCGCCUGGGGUGGCCGAGGACCCGCACUAACUAUACGUUUGAUCACGUGCUAUCUAGAUUAUCUGCACCUACAUUUCCAGAUACAGCGCCUUCUCCACGGUAUAACGCAACAGGCACUUCCUGCAUUGCUAGAAGUGUCAUUACGCCUCAUCGUAACAUGUAUCGUCUCGACCAAGCCGAACAACCGCGCCUACGAGAUACGCCGGCACUUCCCUACCGUCAUUCUCUUUUCCUGUUUGCCAGCUGCUGGUGUCCUAGCCUUGGAGCUCCGCCGAUGUACCAUCGAAGGCGUCCCAUUGCCGAGUACAAUCUCCCGGGCAGACGUCAUCCGGAAUCUGUCCAUUUUGACAUCGUGUCUCGAGUGGAUUGUUCUCCCCGGCGACGGAAACCACAAACUCUGCAGCGAGCUCAACAAGAUGCUCGCCCUGGUGUUGGACGAGGUGCUCAACUACGAACCUCCCAACAAUGGCUCACAAAGAGGAGAAGACGCAACGACUUUGACAGCGGGUGCUGGACAGGGUUUCUUCGACAUGCCCAUGAUUGAGGGUCUGGAGCCAAUUCCAACCGAGGCAGAAGACUUUUUGAACUGGUUCGAUAACGCUACAUGGAACGGUACGGUGAGUUGA